CAGUAUGAUUAUGGUAAUCAGGCACAUAACAUUGAUGAAAUAACAGCAAGGGUUAUGAAUUCUUGAUAUCAGUAACAGUUGUAGUUAGUUACGUUGUUCUAGCGCUACUCUUACACUCUUCAGCUUCAAGCCUCACCGCCGUGUGACUGCAGUGCAUGAGUGAAGCAAGUUACCCACUAGACAGUUCUUUCAUGGAGCAACCUCACGAAUCUCAAUUGAACAAUUUGUUCCUUUGGAUCAAGCAGCUGGUCAAGGAUGACAGUGAAGGGACGUGUGGUAGUUUGGAAGAUCUAACCGAUGGAUUGGCCAUUAGCCAGAGUCUACACGUCCUUGCUUCUGAUUUCUUUGAUGAAGAAUGGCUGACGAAAAUCAGCAAGAAGACUUCCAACUGGAGAGUUGCCACUAACAACAUUCGCAAACUGACAUCAAAGCUGCAGGAUUAUUAUGAACAGGUGUGUCAAGAGGAACUCAGCGACUUUGACUGGCCUGAUCCCAAUGCCAUAGGUGAACGGAAGGACAUGCAGCAGCUAUGUAGCUUGCUGCAGCUGGUUCUCGGCGUUGUCUUUUGCCGCAAGCAAGAAGCUGACAUAAUGCAAAUCCAGCAAUUGGAGCAGUCAGUGCAGAAGUCGAUAAUGGAUGUUUUUCACGAGCUGCAGAAGCGUCUUCCUACUGCCUGCUUUGGCUUACAGGAGAGUGAAAGUACAUCUGAUUCUAAUGAGUUGCUGAAAACUAGGCUCACUGAAGUGUGUGCAGCGAACCGCAAGCUCGAGGAACGUAACAAGCAGCUUGAAUUCGAGAGGAAUUCACUUGAGCAAGAGCGCGAAGCUCUGGCUGCAGAUAACCAACGUCUUGUCACACAGCAAGAGCAGCAGCAGCAGCAAGAUGUCACUGACGGCCCUGAUACGACAAACAGAUUGAAAGUUCAAUUGGAAGAACUCCAGCAACGUGUGAUUGAGCUGGGAUCUGAGAGAGAUGAAGCCGAGUUAGCCCGAGAUCAAUUUCGAAAAUCUAGUGAAAGACAUGAGGAAACAAUACGUCAGCUUCGCCAGCAGAACCAUGAUCUGUUGGAGGAGGUAAAGGAUGACACAGCACUGCAAGAUGAACUUGAUAUUUUGCGACGGCGUGUGCGAGACUAUGAAACUCAAGUGGAAAAGUACAAGCAAAAACUGGAUGGUCUAGCAGAUAUUCGGCAUCGUCUGAAGGUGUGCGAAGAGGAACGCGGUAGACUUGAGCAGCAAACAAGAGAGCUUGAGGAGAAAUGCCGACUGUCGACCGCUGCCCGCUCGCAGCUGGAUCAUUAUCGUCAAAAAGUGGAGGAUCUAGAGGAGAGUGUCAGUGCUGAAGCAAAGCGUGCCAUGGAGGGUGAGCUAGCAGCUCGAAAAGCAAAGGAGAAGCUGGAGCAGAUGCAGCGGCAACUUAAGCGUACUGAGGAGGAACUGGCUGAGCUGCGGGAUCAACAUACGGAAGCAGAAGCUCUUCUCCAGCAGCAGCGUCACGAUUCAUCAUCAGCUCUCCUGGAUCAAGGUGAUAGUAACCUUGAGGAAGUUAGCAAACUGAAAGCUGAAAUUGAUUCACUCAAAUCAUCUUCAACGGCUGCUGCUGACGUUCAGCAGCACAUAGAUACAUUACAGUCAGAGCUCCGGUAUCGAGAUGAAGUGGAAGACAAGCUACGUAAGCAAGCGAGGAAAUUGCAAGCUGAAGUAGUGGAUCUCCAAAGUCGCUUGGAUGAUUCUGAAUCGGAGUCCAGAAUGACAGAGACAAAGUCACAGCACACACCUACUGCCACCGCCACCGCCACUUCGUCUGAUAGUUCAGUUGUUUCAGAUUUGAAGAGAACCCUAGCUGACGUCAGAAUACAAGCUAAGACACUGAAGGGUGAUCUUGAGCAGCGCAAUAAGAAGUUGGAGGAGAAGAAUGCUCAUUGCAAUUCUCUGAAGGAUAAGGUCGCUAAAAAGGAGGAGGAGCUCCUAGCAUUGCAUAGCAAACACAAAAGUUUUCAAGAAAAGACUCGAUCCACGAUCAAAGUCUUGCAAGAUAAUCAUGAGCGCACGCUUCAACGCGAGAUUCAAGAUCGAGAUAAGCAGCUGAAAGAUCUGCAAGAGUACUCCAAACAGCAGGAAGAGAAAACGGAGAAAGUACGCGAGGGAUAUGAAAUGGAGCAACGCGUUCUCAUCAGCUCUUGGAAUAGAGCGUGUGAGAAGCUGCAGCAUUCAGCAUCGCAGUCCAGACUGGCUGGUCAUACUGACUCAUCGUUCAUGACCAGUGCUUUACCUGCGUCGUUCCUUGCACGCCAGCGACAAGCGCUGGUUCAACAACAGACUACAGCCUCAUUCACUGGUGUGGCUCCCCGCACCGGUGCUACACCAUGAUAGCCUGGUCAGUGGAAGAAGCAGUAUCAUGAUGUGUUUGAUUUGAUUCACUCACCUAGCCAGCACGUCAUGUACUGUGUGAUAGCCUGGUCAGUGGAAGAAGCAGUCACAUGAUGUGUUUGAUUUGUUAGCACUAACCUAGCCAGCACAUGCACUGUACGACAGCCUGGUCAGUGGAAGCAGUCACAUGAUGUGCUUGAUUUGAUUGACUAACCUAGCCAGCAUGUCAUGUACUGUGUGAGUGUAGAGAGCGGAAUGUCUACUUCGAAGUACUCUAGAAACGGUGAGUACCGAUUGACUGUUCCUACAUUGCUAUCUUUGUAUGAUUUCUGUGCUGUCUCCUUUUGAAAGAAAAAAAAAACGUUAAAAUAUGUGCCUGCAUCCAAUCUUGCAUCAAAUUAGGACCACCAAAUUAUUUUCCUUAUCUUAUUCCCAAAGCUAUCCGCAAACUUCAGUUCCUUAGUCUUGCUCUAGUGUUUUACACUACCAUGGGUGACUACCAUGGGUGACUAUGGGUGACUUGUGCCCGUUAUUAUUCAUUAUGAUUACUAUACAAUCCUACUCGUCUGGUCUUUCAACUUCUGUUUAGCCCGCAUGGGCUUGUGUUAGCAAAGAAACUGUCACCCAUGCGAAUGUGCACUCUGCUUUCAGCUCACUUUCGAAACAAGGCUCUGCUACAGUUGAA